UGAAAAAUUCCAAAAAGGUGAAGGAAAGGAAGAAGAAAAGUAUAUUGAUGUAGUCAUCAAUAAAAAUAUGAAGUUGGGACAAAAAGUUUUGAUUCCAGUAAAACAAUUCCCUAAGUUCAACUUUGUGGGAAAACUUCUUGGUCCACGUGGCAAUUCUCUAAAGCGCUUACAGGAAGAAACACUGACAAAAAUGUCUAUUUUGGGAAAAGGUUCUAUGAGGGACAAGACAAAGGAGGAAGAGUUGAGAAAAAGUGGAGAGGCAAAGUACUUCCACCUAAAUGAUGACCUGCAUGUUUUAAUUGAAGUAUUUGCUCCACCGGCAGAAGCAUAUGCCAGAAUGGGACAUGCAUUGGAAGAAAUCAAGAAGUUCCUCAUCCCUGACUACAAUGAUGAAAUCAGACAGGCACAGCUUCAAGAAUUAACAUACUUAAAUGGGGGUUCAGAAAAUGCAGAAGUUCCAGUAGUUCGUGGAAAACCAUCUAUUCGAGCAAGAGGAGUACCAGUUCCUGCUUUGUCCAGGGGCCGUGGAGGAGUGCCUCCACCACCAGCGGGAGUACCGAGAGGGGCACCAGCACCCAGGGGAGCGCCUCCCAGUAGAGGACCAGUCAGUCGUAGCCGUGGACUUCUCGCACCCAGAGCAAGAGGAGUACCUCCACCUGCAGGCUACCGGCCCCUUCCACCACCUCCAGCACAGGAGACGUACGGUGAAUAUGAGUAUGAUGAUGGUUAUGGAACUGCUUAUGAUGAGCAAAGCUAUGAUUCCUAUGAUAACAGCUAUAGCACUCAAGCUCAAAGUGGAGCAGAUUACUAUGACUAUGGCCAUGGACUGAGUGAAGAAACAUAUGACUCUUACGGGCAAGAAGAAUGGACCAACUCAAGACACAAGGCACCUUCUGCAAGGACAACGAAAGGAGUCUACAGAGACCAGCCAUAUGCCAGAUACUGAUUGUACUGUCUGAUGUUGUGAAAUAUCCAAUCUCCACCAGUCCUGUAUACUGUUCAAAGUAAUUUUUUCUAUGAACAAUCCCUUUUUAUUAAAUCAAAGCGCUUAAAAAAUCUGAAUGGAUGGACUGAACUUAAAAUACUUUGUUGAAAGAACAACCUGGACAGAAAGAUAUGUAAAACAAGGAACUUUGUUAUUUCCAAGCUGUAUUUGAAAAAAUAGGCGAUCAAAAAAAUAACCUUUGAUUAACUAGUGUUAAACAAAAAAUAGGUUUACUAAAUAUGUUAGUCCAUUCUUUUAACAUAAGCGUAACCUUUUAUUUUAAAGGUUUUCAACAAUUUAGUUUUUAGUUUUUAUUUUCAGCCAUUUGCUAGUUUUUCUCUUUGCAAACAUGCGUAAAAAGGGAAGCAAAUUACAAAUGCAAAUAAUGUGGUAUUUUGUAACACAAGUCUUGAAAUGUUCUGUAGUGUUAAGCAAAGUUUUACCCUUGCUUGAUACUAAAUAAACUUUUGAAAGAAAA